CCAAGGACCUAGCAGAAGGUGCCAUUGUAAAAGCAUACAAGCCAAGAGAGAUGACGAGUAGCAUGAAGUUGCCCGCUACCUUCCUCUCCUUCAGUUCACAUCAGCCCAGAGGAAGCUCCCAUUGUUCUGUAGCCUCUGCUGCAUAUGCUGCUGAACCAAGACUCGGCGAAGGAGCAGUGGUGUCUAAGAAGACGCCAAGCCGUUCUCCCUGCAGGACGAUGGCCAAGGUUGAUGACAAGAAUGAUCUCUGCAGAAUGAAUCAAGCAAAGUUCGAGCCUUCCAUCUGGGGAGAUUUCUUCCUCUCUUACUGCAACCCGUUGGCUUACUCUGACAAUCAGAGAUCGAUGGAAGAACGGGCAGAGUAUCUGAAGAAAGAGGUGGCAAAACUCAUAGUAAAUUCAAGAACCGAUAGCCUUCCGGAGAAGCUGCAUCUUAUAGAUGUACUGGAGCGUCUCUGUGUGGACCAUCUGUUCGAAGAGGAGAUUAACGCUGUGAUGGAUGAAAUUAGCGACGCCGAUGUCAGUGACUGUGAACUGCAUACUGUAGCUCUGUGGUUUUAUCUUCUCCUUAAACAUCGACACAGAGUUUCUCCAGAUGUGUUUCUGAAGUUUAGAGAUGAAGAUGGAAUUUUUGAGGCAGAAGACGCAAGGGACCUGCUAAGUCUUUACAAUGCCGCUCAUCUCACGACACAUGGAGAGGGAAUACUUGAUGAAGCUAUUUCCUUCACUAAAAGGCAACUAAGAUCAUUGAUGCCCAAAGUUGUUGAAGGGUCACUAGCUCAUGACAUAAAUUCUGCGCUUGAGAUCCCUCUCCCUAGAAGGGUUCGAAUAUAUGAGGCCAAGUAUUUUAUGUCUACAUAUGAGAAAGGAGCUUCAGUGAAUGAGAUGAUUAUGGAACUUGCAAAGUUGAGCUACAAUAUCAUGCAAAUCCAUCAUCAGCAAGAGCUGAAAAUAAUUACAAGGUGGUGGAAGGAUCUGCAACUUGAAACAAGGCUCUCCUUCGCAAGAGAUAGAGUUGUGGAGUGCUACUUUUGGAUAGCAGGAGUAUAUUUCGAGCCAUGUUACUCUCGAGGUCGAAUUAUAUUGACAAAAGUGCUAGCCAUUGUGUCUAUUUUGGACGAUAUUUAUGAUGUAUAUGGAUCUCCAGAAGAGUGUGAACAGUUUACCAAAUGUAUAGAAAGCUUGUCGUUCCCGUCGUUUCGAAGGUUUGCGAGUGCGCUGGAAGUGUUCAAGAAGAUUAAUUGAAGACCCGUUAUUACAAGGCAAGUCACACAGAUCCUGA